CAAAACGUCAGGGUAUUCAUAUUUUUGACGCUGACUGUAUAUGAAAAAGAAUAACUCCACAAAAAGUUUUCCCGAUAGAUGGCGCAGAAGUUGAGAUUUUUGAAAAACCCUCUUUAUAAUCAUAUUUGGUUCAUAUUUAGAAAGCUUGUUUUGAAAAUAUUUUUUAUUGAUAAUUUAUUCGUCAUUUCUUCAGCAUUUACAGUCGGAUCUUAAAAUAUGAUCUUGUCCCGAGGAGACCAUUUUUUUUGUUCCUCAGUUCAUUGAGCUCAAAUACUCCGUUCUAGUACUAAAGCUCACCAAAAAUCCAGAAAAGCCGGCAAGAAGGUUUUUUUUUCGAAAUCCCGCUGAACAAUUUUUUUAGACCCGGGGGUGUACAGCGAACUUUAUUUGUAUGUUUGUCUAUGUAUAGCUCAUUUAUAUCUAGUUGCUACAGAAAUACUUAUUUUCCGACUACAACACAUUUAUUUACUUAAAAAACAACAAACCAACUGCCUACACAGAGUCUGAAUUUAUUGUACCAGCUGAGAGCCAAUGCAGCCGGGCAAACGUUCAAACAUAUUGAGAGUCUGAGAGUCUCUUCGUCGUAACUCUUGCCGGCUUGAAUGCGUCAGUUUUUGUGAAUGAAUUCAUUGAGACGCGCGCGCGUAGGUUUGCUACCACCACCAAAAACAACAACAACUACAACAACAGCAACUACGGUGCUUCAUAAAAAGGUGAUCGUAUAAUCAGUCAACCAAGCCAGAGUUGGAUUGUAGUACAACAGCUGUCGGCACACAACUCAGCAGCCAGGUAUCGUGUAUGUGUAUAUGCAUGCAUGUAGGCGAUGCAGUGCAAUCUACUGAAGGCUGACAGUCUAAGCCCACAUGUUGCCUACUGGCGUGCUCAGUUGAGUUUUGGUUUGCGCGCUGACGAGUCAACGGAGAACGGAAAAACGAAUCGAUGAUAGUUUGGUAAAAGUGUGUGAUGAGCAGAAGUGUGUCGGUUUAUUUUGUGUUGUGAAAUGCAUUAAGUAUUAUAGAAUUGAAAUAAAUAAAUAAUUGUUGCGAAAAAAAUAACGAGUUUGUGUCUAAAGUCUUUUGUAUGGAGGUGCAUGGAAAUAAUUUUUCUUAAACUUUAAAUGCCGAAAUAUAUUAAGUCAAAAGCAAAUAUUUAUGUUAAACAAAUAAUUCCAAGAGACUCAUUGCGCCAAUAGUUUGUAAAUUCAAGCUUAUUCAAAUUAAAACCGAAACUAAGUGGUGGCUGAACUGACUUGGUGUAACUAUGUAGUUAACUAAGUCCAUUUACUUGCGUAGAAAUAAUCUUCUUCAACUGCAAAAAAAAAAUUAUACAAAAAAUCAAAAAGCCAUCAAGAAGGAUCCAAACAGGUAAACGUUGCAUUUGGCCGCCGACAGCGCAACAGGAUAGAAUGAACCAAAAAAAAAACAACAAACAUAAUAUUUGUUCAGUUGCAUUGUAGUCGAGCAUCCGUUUCCGGCUCAUUGUUCAUUCGUGCAUUUUUAUGAAUGAAUCAGCAACAAUACCUGCGAACUGAGUGAUAUUUAAAACAAACAACGCGCAAAGGUACACAUACAACACGCACACGCACGCACACAAAUCAAAAGACAGACAUUUUCUGCUUGCUCUGCCCUCAACCGACAGCACUGUGACACACGCAUUCAUUCAUUCAUAAAUUCAAUAGCAGGUAACUACUUACUUAAAAUCAGGCAAUUACAAAUGCUUGCCUUCCACAUUGUGUCCGCAUAAAGUGACAAAAAAUCGGGACCAAAUAAAAAACAAGAAGUGCAUUCAGCCACAACCUCUGUCAUACAUACCAUAUAUGAGCGGUAUUGUGCAAAUAAGGAAGUGUUCUGUGUAGAGUAUAAGCGAUAAGAUUUUUAUCACAAAGUGUACAGCAAAUCGCGCGAAGUGGAAAAAUAACACGCACACACAGUACAUACGUGCAUUCAUGUAUGUAGGCCCGCCUGCCUAACUAAAUAAAAUAUUUGUAAGCAUUUAUUGCAUUUGCGUUGCUUUCCACUUUAUGUCACACCAAAAAAAUAAAUAAAUAAAAAAUCUCAAUACUACUUUACGAACUUGCUGUUUAUCUUUCACAUAAAAGUGUAUAGUUUGUAGUGCGCAUUAACUGCCUAAGAUAUAAUAAACGCACGGCUGGCUAGAAGUGUUGCCUAGCCAAGUUCUAUUACCUUUGUAAUUUGCUCAAAGUCUACUCAUCGUUCUGAAAAAGCAGCAACAGCAAACGCAGCAGCAGUCAUGGCAGCUGAUAUACGAGCGUUGUACUAUUUGAGCGCAUAUUUGCUACACUUACUCACGUUAAUCACUUUAAUCGGUGGAUCGAUGUGCAAUGAUUUGCUUAUCGCUCAUGCUGAUACAACGAUAACAAAAACAACAACAACGACAACAACAACAACACCGGUACCGGCAAUGAUCCCGACCUCAGCAAUAACAACAAUUACCUUAUUGACGAAGAGCUCACCCUAUAUCGCAUCCUCGUCAGCGCUGUCCAAUCACACCAAUGAUAUUUCCAAUUCAAUUAUGCUGUCGAGCUCUUCAUCUACCUCUUCGAAAGAAAGAUCUAAGCCUAUGAUACCACAUCCACCGCCAGCCUUAAAGUCAAGUGGUAAGCUGUUCAACAAAGGUUUGCCAAAGCGACGUAAGGCUGGUGAAAUAUCCGCCAUUCCCGUCUAUGAUCCGACCAUUGAAUGGAAGUGUCCGAAUGUGACGAGCUCGCGCAGCUUGGAAUGUGGCUGCGAUUUGCCACAUACGCUACGCUGUACCGGUGAUUUGCAUGGCCUAACGGUACUCGCAAGUAAUCUGCGAGAGUCACCCUAUACCAUCUCACUGUUGGACUGUUCGUUGCGGAACGUAACCUUCUUGAGUGAUGCAAAGAUUUUUGAGGGCAUUUCAUUGUAUGGUCUUGUAAUUUCAUCCGGCGAGAUAAAACGCGUACAUAAAUCAGCGUUUUUGGGUAUAAAAGGGCCAUUGCAAGCUUUGGGCCUUCCAGCUAAUGCGCUUUUAAGUGUGCCAUGGAACUCGAUAUCCACACUAACCGCGCUCGAGCGCUUGGAUCUGUCUAAUAACAAAAUAAAAGCUUUGGGCACCUCAGACUUCGCCGGCCUCUCAAAUCUCGUCUAUCUUGAGCUAAGCAAUAAUCAAAUAUCCAGCAUAUCACAGCGUACAUUUAUGAACUUGCGCAAGUUGGAAGUGCUGAAGUUAGGUGGCAAUCGCCUGGGCGAUUAUCCAACCAGUCUAAAAGCGCUAACCGCCUGCUAUAAUUUACGCCAACUUGACCUAUCAGCCAACAACCUCAAUGGUCCACUUACUGCCACCACCUUGCCCGGUUUGAGAAAUCUAGAAUCGCUGGAACUGAAUCGCAAUCUCAUCAAGAGCAUACAAAAUAAAGCUUUGCAAAAUUUCUCCGGCCUUACCAGCCUCUCACUGCGUCACAAUCAAAUCGAUGUGCUACAAGAUCACGCCUUCUACGGUCUGGGUGCACUUGAAAAUCUUGAUUUAAGCUUCAAUGGCAUUGUUGCCAUCUCCAGCGCAUCAUUGCAACAUCUUACACGACUCAUAACACUCGAUCUCACACAUAACUUCUUGCGUGCCUUGACAUCUGAUUUGAUUACCCCAUUACCAUCACUGCAAGUGCUACGCUUGGCUGGCAAUGAUAUCUCGAUUGUAGCCAAGAAUGCAUUGGAUGGUGCACGCGAAUUAAAGAGCCUAUCCAUGCAGGACAAUCCCUUGUCGUGUGACUGCACCAUACGCUCGUUUGCCGAAUGGUUGCAGGUCGCAAAGAUACAGUCGAGCGAUUUGAUGAGCGCAACUUGCGUAACACCUCCCCGAUUGGAGGGUGCGCCUCUUAUACAAGUACCACUGGAGACUUUGAAUUGCGAAAUGGAUAAUGUGGAGAAGGAUAAUGCUAACAUAAUCGAACAGUUAGAAGCUAUAACGAGACAAAAUCAUACGACGCACAUAAAGGACCUAUCGGAGGAGAUCGUAUUGCAUGAACUACAUUUCUCUGCCGAUUAUGGACUGAUACUCACCUGGAUACUUAACCUGAGCAAAAACGAUUAUAUGUGCGAUGCAAUCUUUGUCUACAAAGAGGAGAAUAUCAAUGAAAUAUUAAUCGAUAACUCACCGAUUCAUUGUGAAAGCAAGGUGUUAAAUGGGCAAAAUACGGUCAGUGUAAUUGUACCAGACAGCUCUUCUUUGGAAAUUGGCGAAAGUUACCGCUUCUGUCUAGUUAUGGUACAAGAGGAAAAUCACGAUGCCGACUUGAAUGUUGGCUGCUCAAAUAUCACCAAGCUUCAGCUUAGCACACCUGGUUCCGUACCAGAGGUGCGCCAAUAUCAACGACGUCCAUACAAAGCGGAGCUGUCCACUUAUCGUGACGCCGAAACGAGCUAUGCGCCCAUUGUAGCACAGACAAUCGAUGAACAUCUCACGAAUUCUAAACGAAAUUAUAACACAAUUUUCGAAGAAGCAAGUCAAUCACAACAAACCACCCAGCAACACACAUAUAACUUUGUAGAGUCGCUGAAUAAGAGCUUCCUGCCCGGUCUUGGCGUUGGUAUAUUGGUAACCUCGGUGGUCGUACUCAUUUGGGGUGCAAUGCGGAUACGACAAAACUCGAAUAAUAGCCGACCUAGCACGCCUACCGCCACCACCUGCUAUGCCGCUUCAGAGCAUAUAGCACGCCUCGCAGAUACAGAGAAUGGCACGCGAUAUUUAAAACUGCAAGCCACAACAAGUCUUUGAGGAGUUUAAGUUAUUCGACAUACAUACAUACAUACAUACAUGUGUAUGUAUUUAUGUAGAUAAAUUGCCAGCUCCACCACCCGAAUUGUUCAACAAAGUCGAGUCAGUCUUCAUUGAAUACCACAAACAUACUAUUUAGGUAUUAAAUGAACAGAAAAUCUUGUGAGUUGCUACACACAGUCGGCAACUCUUGUGAUAGUACUUUGUACCAAUGCAUUAAAAUAUAUUGUCUUUUUUUAUUCGAUUUUCUAGUGGUAACGUUAACACUAUAGCACCUAAGCCAAAUAUUAAAAAAUUGUUAAUUCAUAUUUUUCUAAUUAAGAAUGACUAGUUUUAAGACCUUUCGAUAUUUCAAACUAUUUCCUUAUGCAAAAAUGUUGGUUGUUUAAGAAGCACCGUAAGUGCACAGUUAGCACAGCUGUGCGUAUUGUGCGGUUUUUUUUUUAGUCCUUGUGCCAUAGUUGAACACUUCCUGUACUCACAUAUUAAUUUAGUUAUCUAAGUUAGUUAACAGUUCACUUUCACCACUUUUUUCGCACCUAAUGUUUUACGGUUAAGUUUACUUUUUCAUUGAUUAGCAAACACAUACAUAAGUAGAUACUUAUUCAUACGUAAAUUAACUAAUUUAUUAACAACUCUAACUAAUU